GCCCCCACCCAGUGCCGUACGAUACACACUGUUGGAAUCAUUGGGGGUCGGAGUAGUGGUGGCGACGACGGCGGCACAUGCCGCUGCAUCGGUAUGAUAUUCUCAUGAGUUCCUCGAGUCUCGAUACGUCAAACAGUUAUCCGUUGCACCCCGAGCGAGCCGAAGCUUCUCUCCUCGGGCUCCUGCAAAGUCUUACAUACACAUACUUGGUACCAAAGUUACUUUUGUUUAUUAUACCACUCGUGUGUGUAACUCGACGUCGAGCUUAUCGUCAGUCACUAUUUGUGUGUUUGUAAUAUACUCGCUACUUCAGCAAGCAUAUUCAGUGAUAUCCAACGAUAUUCUUCAAAUCAGUUAUCAUAUAUAUUAUAUGAUAUUGUGUGCAAAAGUGCAAAAGGAAUUUUCGAGGCCAAUUCGUAAAACGGUUGCAUCGAAAAUACAAACGAGUGCAUAUAAUCUUGAAAGUUAUCAAGAUUUGAUCAAGUUUUUUUGUGUUGUUAUUGCCAAUUAAAUGGUUGAUUACUACAGCUGCAAAAUGUCGGGUAGCGACGAAGAAUUCGAGCCUCAAAUGCAGACAGGCAUGACCAAAGCCGAAUUGAGAAGGAGUAAUAAGCCGAUUAUGGAAAAAAGAAGACGAGCACGUAUCAAUCAGUGUCUCGACGAACUCAAGAGUCUUAUACUAGAGGCCAUGAAAAAAGACCCAACAAGACACUCAAAAUUAGAGAAGGCCGAUAUCUUGGAGAUGACCGUGAAACAUCUUCAGCAAAUCCAACGUCAACAAUUAACGACAGCGGUCGCCAGCGAUCCUGCCGUACUCACCAAAUUCCGUUCAGGUUUUUCUGAAUGCGCCAACGAGGUCAACCGAUACGUCAAUCAUUUGGAAAACGUUGACCCCACCGUGAAACAGCGCUUAGUCAGUCAUCUCAACAACUGCAUGACCAACCUUCAACAAGUCUCGCCCUACUACAACCACUACGUACCUUUUAUGCAAGAUCGCAUAUAUUCCGACGUCAAAGUUGGAUUCCCAUCGGACGGGCAGAGCGGCGACGAGAACAACAACGGAAGUUCUCGCAUUCAAAUACCAAACAACGUUCAGCUGAUUCCGAGUCGAUUGCCAAACGGCGAACUCGCUCUCUUGGUACCUCCGUCGUCUGGUAUCGCUGCUAAUUUUCCCUUCUUCCCACCAGCCGCCGAUGCCAAUACUCGUCUAGGUCAACCUUCGGCUUUCACGGCGGUGCAGAGAACUCACAGUCCACUCUUGAGUCCGUCAACUUCGACAUCCAGCUUCGAAGAGAAUCAUCAUUCCGAAUCACAGUAUCCGACCUCGCUCUCGCCACAGAUGCGCUUCAAAGUUCCCGAGAAAAGUCCGGCUUCGUCUUCGUCCAAGAGCCUUUCCUCGCCUGAAACACAAAAACCACAGAUAAGCUCGAGCAGCGACAGAAUCUCGCCGGUUAUCGAACAAUCGAAAGUCGAGCCCUCGAAGAGAGAGGCUGAUAUUGUUGAGUCAGGCUUCAAUACAGUUCCACAAAGUUAUCGUCAACCCCUGUCCGUUAUUACUGAUAAGUACAACAGAACGCUAGAAUUGCCUAAAACUGGUCUGAAAAGACAUCACUCGGAUGGUUUGUUGACCGUGGCCGAAAAAAGACCUAGAUAUCACGAAGCGACAACAUCAGCGGCUUCCAUGGGUUCUCCAAGUUCACAUAGUCCAUCUCUUAAAAUCAAAGAAGAAUGUUCACAGGAGGUAGAAAGAAUAACGCCAGUUGUGAGUUCCGAGAGCUCGCAAUCAGCGAAUAACGAUAUGUGGAGACCGUGGUAGAUUGUUUUAUGAUAAUUUAGCCAAUUCGCUUGUUUUACCAAAUGUAAAUCGAACCUUAAUCAGAAUUAUUCAUUAAAUAUUGUUGAUUCGUGUUUAAUGUUCGAUAUUAUUAAAUUUAUAAAAAUGAAUGUGUAUCAUAUAAAGUGAAAAAAACCAAGUUAUGAGAUGUAAGACUUGUUUUCAAUAAGUAGCGCGAUAACUUUUUGUAAACUGCUGAAAAACUUCUUUUUUUGUAUGAAAUUUGUCCUUAGCUGUAAUGUUGUGCCUUAUAAGAGUGUAAAUUUAAACUUACGGGUAUGUUUUGUGUUGUUUAUACUUUUAAUGAAAUGUGAUUUUAAACGAUGUCGUCAAAGCCUCAAACGAAAUAUUUUUACCAAAAAUAUACAUCAUAGUUUCAUUAGAGUUACAAACAUUUCUGCUAAUAAAUUAAUUUCAAUUGUAUUUCAAUUGUAAUUUAUUAGUAAUAAAUUAGAAGUUUGUUGUAUGAAUGUAUUAAUGUAUAAUGCGAGCUUUAAGAAUAUUUUCUAUUAUUCAUCUAUUGUGUAAAUAUGUAUAUAUUUUGGUAAUCAAUUACGCGUUGUUUCCACACCAAUAUUUUACGUGGUAAUUUGCUUUUGUAAAAGAUCCGUUGUGGUCAGUAUUGAAGAUGCGUUCUAGUAUUAAGAUUUGUGAUAAUUACUUUCAAGUCAUGAAAAAUAAAACUGAUGAACAUAAA